CUUAAAUUUUUUGGCUCCAAGCCAUUCAUAUAAAACACUCCUGGUUAAAACAGAGUACAAUUGCAGUGCACUAUAGACACCUUGAACAUUUCAACUGAGGGACCAUCUCAAGAUAUUAUUUGAAAUUGAAAUCAUGGAGGCAUAUACUGACACUGAUUUGUGGAUAAAGAUAGACUUGGAUAGAAUUUACAGCAAAGAAGUAGAAAUUGCAAGGCUAUUAUACCGUGAACUAGAUGACAAAAGUAUAGAAAAUGAAGAUAUAAAAGGGGUUCAAUUAGUUAGGAUAAAAGGGAGAAGUAUAGCGAUAGUAUAUUGCAGGAAUCUCGAAGUGAAAGGUGAACUCUUAGCAGUUGGCCAACUCACAGUCCAAGGUCAAUUGUUGCAGAUAGUCAGCUAUACUAGAGCUGUAUAUCAACCUCCUGAACGGGUAUCCAUACAUGGAAUACCCCUACAUAUUUCAAAUGCGGAAGUGUCAGAAUGGAUCAGUGAGAGAGUGGACAUAGUAUCGCCCAUACAGUAUGCCUAUAAGAUAGAAGGAAACAUUCGUAUAAACUCUGGAAACAGAUUCCUUUAUGGUAACGUCAAAGAAGGAGUCAUAUUUCCUCGAUAUAACGUGUUUACCACAUCCGACCCAUUUGACAGAGAAAAUCUCAUUGACAUUGACACUACAAUAUACAUCAAUUCACAGCCUAUCAACUGUCCACGCUGCAAAGUGAUCGGACACACAGGACGUGAAUGUGAGACUAACCGCAGAUCAGGCAGGCUUCAGAAUGA